GAGGAGGACUGCAGGUCAGCGGGGCCCCAGGAUGCCAGCCGGGCACCCCUGCCCAGCCUCCACCUCUGACCACUCUGACCCUCGGAGCCUAAAACCACCUGCAGAACCCCAUCGCAAGGUCACCUCAUGGAGCAAUCAAAUGGCACCUCAUUCAGUGUGGAGGGGCCCACCAACACCUCCAUCGGUGGGAACGCCUCCCGUGGGGACCACCACUGGGAGAUUCCCAUCAUGCACUGGUUCAUUGUGAGCAUCUCCCCGCUGGGCUUUGUGGAGAACGGGGUCCUUCUCUGGUUCCUCUGCUUCCGCAUGAACAGGAACCCCUUCACCGUCUACAUCACUCACCUGUCCAUUGCUGAUAUCUCCCUGCUGUUCUGCAUCUUUAUCCUAGCGGUCGACUAUGCUUUAGAGUUUGAGCUGACUUCUGGCUACUACUACACCAGCACCACCUUGUCAGUGACCUUCAUGUUUGGCUAUAACACAGGGCUCUAUCUGCUGACGGCCAUCAGCGUGGAGAGGUGUCUGUCAGUCUUGUACCCCAUCUGGUACCGGUGCCAUCGCCCCAAACACCAGUCAGCCUUCAUCUGUGCCCUCCUGUGGGUGCUGUCUUGCUUGGUGACCACCAUGGAGUAUGUCAUGUGCAUCGAGAAAGUUGACCACCCCGAAGCACACUGCCGGGUAGUGGACAUCUUCAUUGCCACUCUGAGCUUCCUCGUCUUCACACCUCUCAUGCUGGUGUCCAGCAUCAUCCUGGUGGUCAAGAUCCAUAAGAGCCCAGGGACCUCACAGUCCUCCAAGCUGUACCUGGUCAUCAUGGUGACAGUUAUCAUCUUCCUCAUCUUUGCCAUGCCCAUGAGAUUCCUUUACCUGUUCUUUUCCGAGUACUGGACCACGUUCAGAAAUUUGCACCACUUCUCCCUUCUCUGCUGCACCAUCAACAGCAGUGCCAACCCCUGCAUCUACUUCUUUGUGGGUAGCAGCAGGAAGAAGCGUUUCAAGGAGUCCCUCAAAGUGGUUCUGACCAGAGCUUUCAAGGAUGAGACGCAGCCCCGGCACCAGGACGACAGUGGCAAUGCCACGGUGGUUGAGACUGUUGUCUGAGGCCGUGUGGAUCGGAGAGGGUGUUCGGCAGAGAGUUCUUAGUGUGUUAGGACUCUCAACCAAGUGUCUCUGAAAGAGGUGGAGAAGGACACCCUGUCUCCUGUGCAUGAGAUCCUCUGUUGGGACUGGGCUGUGCUCUUGCUCUGUACCGUGAGGAAAUGGCCAAACUCUAGUCUUUCUUUGCCCACUGAGAGAAUCCUGCUUUUCCUCUUCAGUUCAGACCAUGAUUUCCCAUGAACUGCACAAACCACUUUCACAGGAAGUGUCCAGAUGUGGACAGGAAGAGGUCCAAGUAUCUGUUCAAAUUGGAGUAGGGGGUAUGAUGGAGUGGGACAAGCAUAGGUCUGAAGUCAGGCUGAGUCUGUGUGGCUUCUUGCCCAGCGGUUAGCCUGAGAGCCUCAUUUAUUCCUGUUUAGAUGAUAAUAGAUCUCUUCUGGACUGUCUGGGAGGACGAGAAAGGAAGGAAAGCUAAAGAAAGCGCCCGACAUGCUGUCAGUGUUCAUUAAACAGUUCUUUGCACACUCCUGCAUGCAGAAGACAAAAGGCACUUUUCUAUUUUUUGAUAGAUUUUUUUUUUUUUUUAAACCAGAGCACUGCUCAGCUCUGGCUUAUGGUGGUGUGGGGGAUUGGACCUGGGAUUUUUGGAGCCUCAGGCAUGAGAGUCUUUUUGCACAACCACUGCCCACUUUUCUAAUUGUGAAGCACACACAAUACAGAUUUGUUGUGUACAAAUAUUGCUCUUUGUACUUAUAGAGAG